AUGUCAUUCAAUUACACAUCUGCUUUCAAGACAAACCCUUUGUCGGUGGCUAAUCAGAGCGACAGCUGCAUCACCACCACGUUCAAGAGAUCCACGAAAAGGUCUUUAGAGCAAGACGAGACCCCUUCAGUGAAGAGAGUGUCGUCUUUCAACGAGACUCUUUCUAGAUUUUACCCCAUAUUCAAAGAUACGUCUGAGUGUUGCUCGAGCUUUGAGAAGAUGAGAAUCAGCUCGUCGUCUGGUAUGGAUAGCAACAGCGUGAAUGCGAAUUUGGGAACACCACAUAAGAUUUUCGAAAUCCCAGAGAUACUCGCGAAAAUCCUGUCGUUCGUGGAGAAAGACAGCAGGGUUCCUCAGGAGGUGAGUCCCAUCAGGAGAAAGCCAAUGAGUUUCCAACACUCGUUAAUCAUUCAUGGUAAUGUGAAGGACGCGACCAGAGCAUGGGAGUCUGAGAACAUGAACAACAACGCUGGAAACAAUAUUGGAAACAGUGAUCUUUACAGUUGCUUGCUAGUGAAUAAGCUAUGGUAUAAGGUUACGUUGGAGAUGUUGGAGAGAAAGUUGAUAUUUACGACGGAUGAGCAUUUUGAGUCGUAUUACCAGAAAGCGAGAAAGAACCAAGGAGAGGGACCCAAUAUAUAUAAUGUUGAAGGUGAUAAUUUUGACACCAUCAGUUGCCAACCUGGUUACAAUUCCUCCACUCGCACCUUCAUCUGCAACAAACUGAAAGGAGCCAAACAGAAGCAUCUCGACUUCAUCUGCGACAACACCAAGAUGAUCAAUUUGAACUGGAUAGAGUUCUACAUAUGUCCAUAUCUUCUUCCACCCCAGAGCAUGUUUGCCAACGGAAAUAUCACUAAACUUGUCAUUCCAUGCUCGAAAAUGGUGGAUGACAACUUUCUCAAGAUGGUGAGUAUCAACUGUCCAAAUCUGGAGAUCUUGGACAUCAGAGCAUGCGAAUUGGUUACGGAUGCAGGUAUCUAUUCCAUAGCGCUUAACUGCUCCAAACUGCACACAUUGAAUGUAGGCAGACAUUCACGCGGUGAGCUAAUCACGGACACAGGAAUUUCCGCCAUAUGCCGUUACACCCAGAUAAGGACAUUGGGAUUGGCAGGAUGCCAUGUGACGGAUGGAACGAUAUGGGAGAUCUUCAAGUAUAAGAACGAUCACAUAGAAAGACUCUCGUUGAACAACUGUUACAAAUUGUCAAAUCACGGAAUUCCAAGAGUAUUGGAGCUCAACGACAGGGAUUUCAGUCGUGAUAAUGGGAAUGCUUCUUUUAACGGCGUUGGUCACGAGAUCGCGCAAGGCACUGGAGUUUUUCCUCAUUUGAACGUUUUGGAGUUAAGAGGAUGUGUUAACAUCACAGACUUCAAAUCUCUGGUGACGUUCAGAAAAUCCAAGCAGAUUAACCCCAAAAGACCAUGCCAAGUCUCAGGUCGUACUCAGGUCCCUCUUUUAGUGGAAGGAUGCGAGAUUGUCGACAGGAGAAUCAAAGAGUUCGAACUCAUGGUGGAUCUGGAAAUUUCCUCGAGAAUCUUCAAAGAUUUGCAGGAAUGGGCUAAUGACACAAACGAUGAAGAUGUGCCUUUCAACGAUUUGUUCGCAAAGAAACAGUGCGCUGGCGCAUUAUAG